CCUCGGGCGGGAAAGGCGACCUCUGGCCCCGGCUCCGCCCUUACCCUCUCAGGCCAAGCGGCCAGCCCUACGGGGAGGGACCGUCGCUCCGGGUUCAUGAGGCCUCGCGCGGCUGUGGGACCGGGGAGUGGCGUGAGGGGCCCACUGGCGCAACCCCGAGACCGCCCGGCUGAUCGCCGGCCCGUCAGCUGCGGAGCAGAGCGCGAGCCCUGCAGCGGCGCGCCCCUCCUUCCGUCCCUCCUUCCCUCCCGGGUUCGCGCCGGAGCUCUGCUGGUGCCCCUUCCGACAACCUCUAGACUCCCAGAAAGAGCUCUGCCAUCAAGGAAGGCAGCAGAGGGCGAGGCUCCAUCCAUGGACACUUCUCAGUACGACCCAAAGGCAACAUCGAGGCUGCUCUCCUAAGCCACAGAGUGCCUGGGCACACCACCUUCCAAGAGGAGCCAUGGUGUUUAGGAGGGGCAGCUCCCAGCUGAGGUCUGGCGCAGGAGGGGGCAGUGGUUGCACAGGCCCCCUAGGCACGCUCAGGGCUGCCCUGCUGCUUGUGAGCCUGCUGUGGGGGGUCCAGGGAACAGCCAUUGCCAACCUCAGCACAGCUCUGGGUUAUCCUGGGCCAUUGCCAGGGGGCCGCUACUUGAGCAUUGGGGAUGGCUCUGUGGUGGAGUUUGAGUUCCCAGAGGAUAGCGAGGGCGUCAUCGUGAUCUCGAGCCAGUACCCAGGCCAGAGCAAUGGGCCAGGGCCUGGUCCUACACUGAGAGUUACCUCCUUGGACACAGAGGUGCUGACUAUCAAGAAUGUGAGUGCCAUAACCUGGGGCAGUGGGGGUGGCUUCGUGGUAAGCAUCCACUCAGGCCUGCCUGGGCUAGCCCCACUCCACAUCCAACUAGUGGACCCCCAUGAAACUCCACCCGUGCUAAUCGAGGAGCGGAAAGAUUUCCGCAUCAAGGUCUCACCUGCCGAAGACACCACCACCACCGCUGGCACAGACCUGGUCCACUUCUCGGAGAACCCAAUACUCUACUUGCUCCUACCUCUUAUCUUUGUCAACAAGUGUUCAUUUGGGUGCAAAGUAGAGCUUGAGGUUCUGAAGGGGCUCCUGCAGAGCCCCCAGCCCAUGCUGCUGGGCCUGUUGGGCCAGUUUCUGGUCAUGCCCUUCUAUGCGUUCCUGAUGGCCAAGGUCUUCAUGCUGCCCAAGGCCCUGGCUCUGGGCCUCAUCAUCACCUGCUCAUCACCUGGCGGUGGAGGAAGCUACCUCUUCAGCCUCCUCCUUGGAGGGGAUGUCACCCUGGCCAUCUCCAUGACUUUCAUCUCCACAGUGGCUGCCACUGGUUUCCUGCCACUGUCCUCAGCUGUCUAUAGCCGUCUGCUCAGCAUCCAUGAAACACUCCAUGUGCCCAUCUCCAAGAUCCUGGGAAGCCUGCUGUUCAUCGCCAUCCCCAUCGUAGUAGGCGUGUUGAUCAAGUCCAAGCUUCCCAAGUUCUCUCAGCUGCUGCUGCAGGUCAUCAAGCCGUUCAGCUUUGUGUUGCUCCUGGGUGGCCUUUUCCUGGCCUACCGCAUGGGGGUUUUCAUCCUGGCAGGCGUCAGGCUGCCCAUUGUGCUGGUGGGCCUCACCGUGCCCCUGGUUGGCCUCCUGGUGGGCUACUGCCUGGCCACAUGCCUGAAGCUGCCAGUGGCCCAGCGACGGACAGUCAGCAUUGAGGUAGGGGUGCAGAACAGCGUGCUGGCCUUGGCCAUGCUGCAGCUGUCCCUCCGCCGUCUUCAAGCUGACUACGCCUCCCAGGCCCCCUUCAUUGUGGCACUGAGCGGCACCUCGGAGAUGCUGGCCUUGGUUAUUGGGCACUUCAUCUAUAGCAGCCUGGGCCCAGUUCCCUGAGGCCCCUGGGUCAAGCUUUUGCCACCCCUAGCCCCCACCCUACACCCACUGUCCCCACAGUUCUUGUGUACCAAAGGCCUUUAGUUCUCAUGCACUAUGCACUCAGAAAAAUUUCCAGGCUUAUUUUUGUUACUGGUUUUUUAUUCUCCAGCUUUCAGUGCCAAAGAGGCCAUGCUGAGUUAGGUAGGUGGGCACUGCCCACAAAAUAUAUUUCAAUAAAAGAGAGAAGCAAGCUUGGGUCUCUUCCAAUCUUUGCCCUUUAGGGCCUGAGGGUGGUGGUACAAGGGUGUUGACUGGGUAGGUGUGGGCCAGGGUGUAGGACUGGCUUGGGUAACACGGUGACCUCUACACAGACUCUCUCUCUCAGCCCUCCUUCUCCACGCAUCCCCUCUCUGUGAGUGGUGGGCCUCUGUUCUAGAAUGAGCUGUGGGAGGGUGAGAGCAGAGGUCUGGCUACCCUGCUUGCUCCCAAGCUCAGUUGGCUUCCCGCCGCCAAAUUAGAAAGGAGAAGGGAGAUGGCCUGUGGCCAGUGUGGCAAG